AUGAACGAGGAUAUAAAAAUUGACUCACAAUUUUUGGGAACGUCUCAAAAUACUCCUGUGUCAAUUUCUGAUUCUCCACCUCCACCUCCACCUCCACCACAAGUUGAAAAUGCCUCUUCUACAAAAGGAAAACGGGGCUCUAACUUUAGUGUAGAGGAAGAUAAACUCCUAGUGGCAGCAUGGCUUAAUACUAGUGUUGAUACCAUAAACAAUAAUGAACAAACACAAAAUAACUUUCGUCAAAAAGUUUGGGAAUACUUCAUGCAGUACAAUACAUCCGGUACCACACGUACUGUUAUCUCCUUGCUAAGUCAUUGGGGAACGAUUAGUGAAAAGACAAAUAAGUUUUCCGGGUGUAUGGCUCAAGUUAACGCACUUCAUCAAAGUGGUAUAACCGAAAAAGAUAAGAUUACCAAUGCGAAAACUUUGUAUUUAGAGAAGCACAAGAAACCCUUUCUUCUUGGCCAUUGUUGGCUCAUGUUAAAGGACCAACCAAAGUUUGCCGAUCCUAACAAUGCUAGAUCGAGGUCAUCCGUGCCUCCAACUUCGGAGUCAAUAUCUAUUGGCGAAGGGGAUAGUGGGUCCAGACUUGGUAACACUUCCAAUUUUGAGAGACCUAUUGGUAGGAAGGCCGAAAAGGCCAUCCGAAAGAACAAAGCCAUCGGAAAAGAUGUAAGGGAAUAUUUGAACAAGAAAUUGAAAUUGAUUGAGGAUGUAACUCAGUUGGAAGAGGAAAAAAUGUUUAUUGAGAGGGAAAAACUUGCAAUUGAGAAGGAAAGUAAGGAAGAAAAACUUAAGAUUGAGAAGGAAAGGAUCAUGAUUAAGAAGAAAAAAUUUGAGAUGACAGAAAGGUUAGAGGAGGAGAGAAUCAUGAUGAUAGAUACAAGUGGCUUAACCGAAACACAAAAAACUUUUUAUGAACAACUCCAAGAGAAAAUCAUGGUUGCAUCCAUGAAUCACUAUUUGUUUCGUAAGUUCCUUCUUGAUGACUCAAAUGAAGAUGAGAUAAUCAAAGAACUUGUUAUGGAAACAUCACAACCUAAACGUUGUCGUCGUUCUAUCCGACGUAAUCAUUUAGUAGGCCAUGAGAGGCAUUUUUUUGAUUAUUUUGCUCCCACACCAAUAUAUCCACCCGCUUUAUUUCGUAAGAGAUUUCAGAUGAAGCGUUCUCUUUUUCUCCGUAUUCAAUCUAAGGUAGAAGCUCAUGACUCUUACUUUGUCCAAAAAAGAAAUAGUGUCCAAAAACUUGGUUUAUCUUCAUUACAAAAGAUAACUGCUGCACUUAGAAUGCUUGUGUAUGGAGUAUCGGGUGAUUUGAUAGAUGAAUAUGUGCGGAUUGGAGAAACUACUGCAUUAGAAAGUUUGAAAAAAUUUGUUACUGCAAUAAUUGAUAUUUUCUUUGAGGAAUACUUAAAAAAGCCAACCAAUGAAGACACUGCUAGACUGUUAGCUCACGGCGAACGCCGAGGUUUUCCAGAGCGAUCUCAUAUAUUUAAUGAACUUGCUGAAAGACGUGCUCCUACAGUACAUUACUCAAUUAAUGGUCAUGACUACAUAAUGGGAUAUUACCUUGUUGAUGGCAUAUAUCCAAAGUGGGCAACAUUUGUGAAAACAAUCCCAGCUCCACAAGGACAGAAGUAUAAAUUAUUUGCAGCAGCCCAAGAGGCGUGUAGGAAGGAUGCUGAGCAUGCAUUUGGAGUGCUUCAAGCACGUUUCGCAAUUGUCCGUGGACCUGCACGAUUUUUCCAUCUUGAAACACUCAAAAAAAUCAUGAAAGCGUGCAUAAUUCUCCAUAACAUGAUUGUUGAAGAUGAGCGGGAUGAUAAUGAAGUGGUAGACUUGGAUUAUGAACAAAAUGAUAGAGUGGAUAAUCCUCAUCUGCAAGUGUUACGUGAACAAAGUGAUGAAUUUUUGUCAUACAUUGAGAGACACGGACGCAUUAGAGACCGAGAAAUUCAUUUUCAACUCCAGUCGGACCUUAUUGACCAUUUAUGGCAAUUGCAAGGUGAGUCGUAG